GCCAGAUCAGAACAAUUGACAGAUAUUUAGAGGCAAACCCAAAACAAUCCCCAACUCCCAGAUAUAUAUAUUCACACUCUGUUGUGACAAGUCAACAAAAGAAUUGUGUGCCGCCCCCACCCACUAGUUAGCAUUUCUCUCUUCUCCCAUCGGAAUCUAGUGAAAUGGACGACUACUUGAAUUUAUUUGUAGAGGAGACGUCGUUUUUUAAUAGGAUUGUUCUGGGCACAUUCUUGCCGGAAUCAUGGUGGGGACCACUCCCUCAUUGGUUUCAAGGAUGGCUUCGCAACUACAUCGGUGGAGUCUUGCUUUACUUUCUUUCUGGUUUUCUUUGGUGCUUCUACAUCUAUUACUUAAAACGCAAUGUUUAUCUACCUAAAGAUGCCAUCCCUUCAAAUAAAGCUAUGCUCUUGCAAAUAGGAGUUGCAAUGAAAGCUAUGCCAUGGUACUGUGCCCUUCCAUCACUUUCUGAGUACAUGAUUGAAAAUGGGUGGACUAAAUGUUUCUCAAGAAUAAGCGAUGUCGGAUGGAUGCCCUACCUUAUCUAUGUUGCACUUUAUCUGGUAAUAGUAGAAUUUGGUAUCUAUUGGAUGCAUCGAGAGUUGCAUGACAUAAAACCUCUGUACAAGUAUCUCCAUGCUACACAUCAUAUAUACAACAAGCAAAAUACACUCUCCCCUUUUGCUGGUUUGGCGUUCCACCCAUUGGAUGGAAUACUACAGGCAGUGCCACACGUAGUAGCUCUUUUUCUGUUGCCUGUGCAUUUUACCACACACAUUGCUCUCUUAUUCAUAGAAGCCAUAUGGACUGCAAAUAUUCAUGACUGUAUACAUGCGAAGGUUUGGCCUGUAAUGGGUGCCGGUUACCAUACCAUCCACCAUACUACGUACCGCCAUAAUUAUGGUCACUACACAAUAUGGAUGGACUGGAUGUUUGGAACUCUUCGCGAUCCUGUUGAAGAUGAAGUCAAGAAAAUGUAACAUUCAUCUCUGUAACGAAUUGUUAUUCAUCAUCUUAUUUAUUAGGUUGCAGAAUGGUUGGUGCUUCAUUUAGAAUUUGUUGUGUGUGCAUUUCAUGGAUGUAAAUUUUACUAGUGGUUUUUCAAUGUUUAGACAAAAAAUAUUAUCCAGGAAAAGUACUGUGAAAUGCUCUUGAUGCACUUGAGGUAUUGUUAUUGAGGAAAGAAGCAAGAGAUUCAA